CAUAACUGUCGUCAACCCAAAUUACACAAUCAUGAGUGGAAGAGGCAAAGCAGGAAAAUCGAAAGGUGGUAAAUCCAAAACUAGGUCGUCCCGUGCUGGACUACAGUUCCCAGUCGGUCGUAUUCAUCGUCUGCUGAGAAAAGGAAACUACGCCGAACGUGUAGGAGCCGGAGCACCCGUGUACUUGGCCGCCGUCAUGGAGUACUUAGCAGCUGAAGUAUUGGAAUUGGCCGGUAACGCCGCCCGUGACAACAAAAAGUCCCGUAUCAUUCCCAGACAUUUGCAAUUGGCCAUUAGAAACGACGAGGAAUUGAACAAAUUGUUGUCUGGAGUAACUAUCGCUCAAGGUGGUGUAUUGCCCAACAUUCAAGCUGUUCUUUUACCAAAAAAGACCGAGAAGAAAGUUUAAAUUGACCUAACAUUUAUAAUAUAAAACGGCCCUUUUCAGGGCCACCAUAUGCUAAAGUAAAUAAUAAUAUUAAUAGUUAUUUAUUACACUCAACU